UAGAAGAUUGUUAGUAGAUUUGAAUUUAUCUAGAUUUGCAUGAUUUACUAUUUCUGGUUCAGUGUAUUAGCUAUAAAUACUGGAAUUGUGUAACCCUCUAAGCAUCAAGUCAGUAGACAUUAAUAAAGCACUGCAGCUUCUAUCUAUUUUAUCUAUUCCUAUCUCUUUCACUAUCCCUCUUUCCAACAAUUUUGGUAUCAGAGCCAAGUUCGUUCGACACGAGGGCGAGUGAUUAUUUUCUUUCACAAAACAAAAAUGGCAGUAGCUGGUUUUUCUUCCUCUGCACCGUUGUUACCAAUCUUUAAUGGUGAGAAAUAUGAGUGGUGGAGCAUCAAGAUGAAGACCUUGCUCAGAUCGCAGGAGCUAUGGGACUUGGUGGAGCACGGGUUUGUUGAUCUAUUAGAACCCACAAUAGAAGAAAAGGAGAGACUAAGAGAAACCAAGAAAAACGAUGCCAAGGCUCUAUUCAUUAUUCAGCAAGCAGUUCAUGAGAUUAUCUUUUCACGAAUUGCAGCAGCAACCACAUCAAAGCAGGCAUGGUCAAUUCUACAGAAAGAGUUUCAGGGAGAUUCAAAAGUCAUAAUAGUGAAAUUGCAAUCUCUAAGACGUGAUUUUGAAACUCUGCUCAUGACGAAUGGCGAAUCAAUUGCUGAUUUUUUGUCCAGAACAAUGGCAAUAGUCAGUCAGAUGCGCACCUAUGGAGAGAAAAUUUCAGACGAAACAAUUGUUGCAAAGGUGUUGAGAAGCUUAACUCCAAAGUUUGACCAUGUGGUGGCUGCCAUAGAAGAAGCUAAGGAUCUAUCCAUACUCUCCGUUGAUGAACUGCUGGGCUCACUUCAGGCUCAUGAGGCAAGAAUCAAUAGAGCAUCAGAAAGGAACGAAGAAAAGGCACUACAAGUGAAGGAGACAACCAACAACGAAAACAACGAAAGAGAAAAUAUUCAUUUAGCAGGUAGAAGUCGUGGAAGAGGAGGAUUUCGCAGCUUCCAUGGUGGUCGUGAUAACAGGGGUAGAUGGAGAAGUGAUGGACAGAGACAAUUCAAUGAACAAAGGAAUGUCAUACAAUGUUACCAUUGUAGAAGGCACCAAAUCCUUAUUCAAAGAGCUUGAUGAGACGCAAAAGAUUAAGGUGCAACUUGGAAAUACAAAACAGAUGCAAGUUGAAGGAAAAGGUACGGUAAAUGUCAAAACCAGUCACGGUAAG